AUGUCCCACCAACAACCUCUCUCGUCGUCGGUCCAGCCGACUGACAUCUAUGGCGGAGAUGAGGUAUCCGCGCUUGUUCUCGAUCCGGGCUACUGCAACACUCGCGCCGGCUAUGCUGGCGAGGAAAUGCCCAAGCAAGUUCUCCCUUCUUUUUACGGCCACAUCAACGGGCGCGACGUAUUCGGCGACGAGUAUAUCGUGCCAAAACCGGGCUUCGAAGUGCGCAACUACAUGAACCGCGACAGCGUUGUCGAAGAUUGGGAUGCUGCCACCAGGAUGUGGGAACACGUUCUCGUCAAGCGUUUGCAGCCCGAGCGAUCAACACCUCCCAGCAAAAAGGGUAUCAACAUUAGCGACGAUGGCGAUGUGCCCAUGGAAGACGAUGGAAACAACAACGAGGAUGCUAUGGACGCGCUGGAGAAGCCACUGGCCGAGAACCCUCUUCUUAUGACCGAGGCGCCGUGGAACUCGCCCAAGGCGCGCGAGAAGGCCAUUGAAAUCAGCAUGGAGACCUGGGGCGUGCCCGCAUUCUGGCUUAGCAAGACACCUGUGCUUGCAGCAUUUGCGGCCGGAAAGGCCACGGCUCUGGUAAUAGACGUAGGCGGUGCCAACACGAGUGUCACAGCCAUCCACGACGGCAUGGUCCUCAAGCGAUCGAUUCAAAGGUCUCCGGUGGGCGGUGUUUGGCUGAGCAGCCAGAUCUGCAAGAUGUGGGACGGUAGUGAGCCCAAGGUCGACGUUGUGCCGCGGUUCAUGGUCGAGAGUAAGAAGGCCGUGGAGGCCGGUGCGCCUGCCGAAGCCAACCUGCGAAAGUUUAACUUCGACAUCCACCCGUCCUUCCGCGCUUACGAGGAAGAGCGUGUUCUCACCGAGUUCAAGGAGUCUGUUGUCGAGGUGUGGCGUGGUCCCCAGCGGUUCACGACCCCGGGAAACGAAGAUGCUGUCCGUACACAACCCGGCCGGGUCUUCGAGAUGCCCGACGGCAGCAAUCAGAUGUGGCGUGAGCAGCGCUUCAAGGUGUCGGAGGGCAUGUGGGACGAGACGGCUGCCUAUAAUAGCACUGACGAGGAAGGACGUGUGACUAAGGCUCAGACGAUCCCGGCUCUCAUCAAGGCGGCCCUCGAGGGUGUUGAUGUUGAUCUCCGCCCCAACAUCCUCGGCAACGUUGUUGUCACGGGUAGUACAAGCUUGUUGAACGGUUUCAACGACCGUCUCAACCACGAGCUCGCGCAAAUGUACCCCGGUGUGAAGAUCAAGAUCCAUGCGGCGGGUUUGACGACCGAGAGACGCUUCGGUGCUUGGAUCGGAGGAAGCAUUCUCGCCAGUCUCGGAACCUUCCACCAAAUGUGGAUUUCGCGAAAGGAGUAUGAUGAGAACGGCGCGGGUAUUGUCGAGAAGCGCUGCAAGUAG